GCAUCCCUAUGGAGGAUGCCAGGUUCAGUGAAUGAUGUGCCCUGUGCCAACUUUGAAGCCAACAUAUUUGCAAGGAACCUGUGCCAACACUGCUUCCGUGCCUCAAGGGUUCACCAGCAUGCUGCCCAGGAGCAUGACGCAGAGGUGGCGGGGCACGGCACCAACGCAGACCCAGGUGGGCCCUGGGACUCCGUCCGCAUCGUAGCACCGCAGUGCGAGGUGUACAUCUGCGUGGGUCGGGCAGACGGCGCGGAGCGCUGGCACCAGAGCAGGGCACAGCCCCCACUCGGCCCCAGCACUGUGGGCCAGCAUGAAGAAACCAGCACCAAGCCCCACAGCCACACUGAAGACAGGGGCUGGGAGAUGACCAGACUAUUGGACACCACUUUGGGAUCAGGCAAGCAGGACACAAUGAGCUACAGAGGCCACAAGGAUAACACACAGCUGCAGGUGGACAGAGCUAGGUGGGGUCAGCCCUUUCCUUCUGGAUCCUGGGUGAGGACAGAGGCUCCGAGCGUUAGGAAAGAAGUCUUUGUGCCAAAAGCAGAGCGUGCUCCUGCCAGCCAGAAGCCCAAGGAGGGCUGGGCAAAGCAUCGCAUAGAGAGUGGCUAUUUCUCCUUGGAACCUCGAAAACCUGACCCUUCCUGGGCUUCCUCUGUACCUCGUCCUGGCCGCAGCUCCUCUCCUGGUCCAGGCAGCAGCAGGCAUUUGGCAUCCUCCUCCAGGGCUGGGGAGCCCCGUGGGCAUCCCAGUGCUGGGGGCACAGAGGGGAAGCGUGUGCUGGAGAGGCAGGAGUACACGGUGCUGGCAGACCUGCCCAAACCCAAGCGCCUUGGCCGUGGGGAUGCUGCUGACCGCCGUGGCUCCCGCACGCUCAGCCCUGGCCGAGUGGAGGUGGAGAGGAUAUUUGGUUGUGAGCGCAGGAAAUCUGAGACGUUGGAGGCUUUCCAGGCACUGGAGGAGGGCCGCGUGGAGCGGCUGGAUGGCAAGACCCCAGUGCCACCCAGCAAAGGCAGAGUCAUUCGGAGGCAGUCCAGCCCCAGCCUGCCCAGGGAGGGUCAGCGGCUCUCCUGGCACCCUGAGCCGCGCAGCAGAGAUUCCAAGGAGUCCCGGCGCUCCCCCAGCCCAGCUCGACAAACAGAGAGGGCCGGGGUCCCCCUGCGCCCCAUGUGCCCUUCUCCACGGGCGGAGAGGGACUGGAGGAAGCCCCGGGAGCCCACAAGUCCUACUCAGCGGCUGGAGAGGGGAGGCAACAGCCCACGAUCCCCCAGCCCAGCUUCUAGGUUGCAACAGAGGGCAGGAGGAGCUCAGAGCCCUCCCCAGCACACAGAGAAGGACUGGAGGAACAGAGCAGAGAGGAGCCAAGUUGCCUGGCAGGCUGGAAGUAUGGGGAAAGCCAGUGAGAGAAAAAGCUGGGGGAACACCCUGCACCCCCCAAGCCUUGGGAAGAGCAUGGAUGGAAACAAGCAGGGAGGAGCCUGGCCACCACGCUCCAUGAGUCCUACAGGACGGACAGAUGGCACAUGGAAAAGCCAAAAGGAGACCUCUCAGCCUGGCCUUGCACGGGGGGCAGAGAGACAACGGGGGGACCCAUCCAGGAAACAGCUGGAAUGCAGCUGGAAGAACAUCCGGGAUAAACUGCAGCCUCCCCAUGCUGGGAAGGGCACAGACAAUGAGUGGAAAGGCCGAGGGAAGCCCUUGCGUCCCAUGAGCCCAACACGGCCACCAGAGCAGGAUUGGAAAGGCCAUGGGAAGCCCUUGCGUCCCAUGAGCCCAACGCGGCCACCAGAGCAGGAUUGGAAAGGCCAUGGGAAGCCCUUGCGUCCCAUGAGCCCAACACGGCCACCAGAGCAGGAUUGGAAAGGCCAUGGGAAGCCCUUGCGUCCCAUGAGCCCAACGCGGCCACCAGAGCAGGAUUGGAAAGGCCAUGGGAAGCCCUUGCGUCCCAUGAGCCCAACGCAGCCACCAGAGCAGGAUUGGAAAGGCCAUGGGAAGCCCUUGCGUCCCAUGAGCCCAACGCGGCCACCAGAGCAGGAUUGGAAAGGCCAUGGGGAUGCCUGCCAGGUUCAGAAGGCAGAGAAAGACUGGAGGGCGCAUGAGAAGUCACCAUGCCACAUGGACUUGAUGCAGCAGCUGGAAAGGGACUGGAGGAGCCCCGCUAGGUAUGCGGAUGCCUGGCCACGGCCGGAUGACAGCUGGAGGAGGCCUGAGAGCCCAGUACAGAAACUGGAGGAUGACUGGAAGGGGGUUGAGCACAGCCAUGACUCAAACAACCCAGAGAAACCAUUAGAAAGUGAUUGGGAGAACAAGAAAUUCCUCGUAUAUCACUCGCAGCUGGAUGGGAGCUCCAGAGCACCGCAGAGCUCCUCGGGAAGCCGGCUUCCACACGGGAGCACCAGCGAGAAACGCACUAAGCCAGAUCUCCUCAAUUUCAAGAAGGGAUGGAUGUCCAUCCUGGACAAGCCAGGAGAGUGGAAGAAACACUGGUUCGUGCUGACCGACUCGAGCCUGAGAUAUUACCGGGACUCGAACGCCGAGGAGGCUGAUGACCUUGAUGGCGAAAUCGAUCUCCGCUCCUGCACAGAUGUGACAGAAUUUGCGGUGCAGCGCAACUAUGGCUUCCAGAUACACACGAAGGAUGCCAUCUUCACACUGUCAGCCAUGACCUCAGGCAUCCGGCGCAACUGGAUUGAGGCUCUGAAGAAGAACGUGCGCCCUGUUAGUGCUCCAGAUGUCACCAAGCUAUCUGACUGCAACAAGGAAAACACAAUCCGUAACUGCAUCCCACCAAAGAGCUCACUGCGAGUGGAUGAGCAGCAGCAGCCAAGUUCUGAGGGAAGCACCAAAGGCAGCACUUGGAAAGCGGAUGGGCCACGCCAUGCCUUUGACUACGUAGAACUGUCCCCCUUGCAGCAGGAUCCCCAAAAUCAGGGGUCCCCACCGAGGACAAGAGGGAGUUUGAGGGUGUCAGAGCGAGUGUCCAAGCAUGAGGAUUUAGAGCGGGAUUUGGCAGUGCGUUCAGAGGAGAGGCGCAAGUGGUUUGAGAGUCCUGACGGCAGGGUCUCUAACAGUGAUGGCCCAGGGGGAAACUUGUCCCGCAAGGUGGAGGAGCCAGACUUGCCUGCUGCCCCACUUUCAGAGGAGCAGCGAGUUCGGCUGAACGAGGAGAUAGAGAAGAAGUGGCUGGAGCUGGAGCGCUUGCCCUUGAAGGACUCACGGCGAGUGCCCUUGACAACACUGCUGAACCAGGGCAAGGGGAACCACGGAGAUGCCAAUGAGGCACUGAAAAAGGAGGUCCAGUCGCUGCGGGCGCAGUUGGAGUCCUGCCGGGCCCGAAACGAGAGCCUUCGGGAAGCUGCCAAGUCCCAGGGAGAUGGCCACGUGCCCCGGGGGUACAUCUCUCAGGAGGCCUGUGAGCGCAGCCUGGCUGAGAUGGAGUCGUCACACCAGCAGGUGAUGGAGGAGCUGCAGAGGCACCACCAGCGAGAAAUGGAGCGGCUGCGGCAGGAGAAGGAGCGGCUCCUUGCAGAGGAGGCUGCAGCAACGGCGGCAGCCAUUGAAGCACUGAAGAAGGCCCACCGGGAGGAGAUGAACAAGGAGCUGGGCAGGACACGAAGCUUUCAGCAGUGUGGCUCUGUCACAGACGCCCUCCAGAAGCAGCACCAGUUGGAUGUAGACUCACUGAAGCGGGAGCUGCAGGUGCUGUCAGAGCAGUACUCCCAGAAGUGCCUGGAAAUUGGGCAGCUAACAGAGAAGGCAGAGGAGCGGGAACAGAUGUUGCAGCGCUGCCAGCAAGAGGGGAAGCAGCUCCUUCGGAAGAACCAGGAGCUGCAGAUCCGCCUGUCGGAUGAGAUUGGGAAGCUGCGAAGCUUCAUCACCUCGCGGUGCUCUGGGGACCGAUCUCCGCAAAACAAUGAGCGCAACUCCUGCGAGCUGGAGGUGCUGCUGCGUGUGAAGGAGAAUGAGCUCCAGUACCUGAAGAAGGAGGUACAGUGCCUCCGGGAGGAGCUGCAGAUGAUGCAAAAGGACAAGAGAUUUGCCUCAGGGAAAUACCAGGACGUCUAUGCAGAGCUGAAUCAUAUUAAGGUGCGCUCAGAGCGGGAGAUUGAGCAGCUGAAGGAGCAUCUGCGCCUGGCCAUGGCAGCCCUGCAGGAGAAGGAAACACUGUGCAACAGCAUCAGCAAUUAACGGUCUACUUCAUUUGUUUAUCUGUUCUUGUUUUUUAUUUGCUCCGUUCCUCACUUAAGGAGAGAGGGAGGUUGGAUCUCAUCCUUGGCGAGACAUCUCUCUCCUCAGCCAGCUCCUCACUUCCCUCCCAAAGCUUUCGAUGAAGCCUUUCCAAAAUCUUUUUGCCUUUGUAUCUGAGCACGUUAUUUGGAAUGGCUCCUUACAUGCACCUUCUUCAGGAUUUUAUACGUGAAAAUUGUAUUUUAUAGAAGAAUUUUGUUUUCCCUUGAGAAAAAGAGGAAAAGGAGAGGGAAAGCUUCUACGUCACCAGCAUUUUCUAACCAGAGAAAGAGAAUAUACUCCCCAUUUCCUCAGCCCCCCCUGCUCCCAGCCACGUAUCUGCCUUUGGCACUCCCGUUCCCUCUCUUCCACCUGUCUCUGGGGCCCCAUGGGGAUGUAUGGGGACACAUAACAACACCACUGCCCCGGCACCCAGUGGAGGAGACACGCAAGCCAUAGGAGGAGGCCGCCUGCCGCAGCUGCACCCACCUGCAACUUUGAAAGAGGAGACCUUGGCACGAGGCUGCACGAUGGAGCUCUCAGUGACUGUCCUUCAGCUCUGCCUUGGCACAGCCUCAGCUCCAGGAGCCUCCCCACUCACCCUCCCUCGGGCUGGGGAGAGCCCGACAUGUUAGUGGCAGAGGAGCUGCUGUUCUGCCACACCCUUCAACUCUUAACUUAAUAAAAUCUUCCCCUUUUGCUGAGAAAAA